GGGCACAAGCUCAAGUAUCACCUGACCUGCAAGCAAAUUCAAAGAAGUGGCACUAGUAGGUAUAGAAAUUUGAGGCCUUGCGUGUGACUUGCGUAAGUUGCUACUCAAUGCAUUGCACUGACAAUGACAACAUCCUGACCUUGGGGCUCACUCAUGGAUUGGGGUAUGACAGAGGCGCCUGCGGAUACGACAUGCACUCCCUGGUUCUUGUCUAACGAGAGCUCGGCUUAAUUCGUUCGCGAUCCUUCCAUUCGUAGGACUCGUCGAAGCCGCGAUCGAGCAAAUCUAGUGGCCGUCUGUCACAGAUGUGUCACACUUGUCCUCUCACUCUAGUUCGAGCGACUCCCGGCCUAUGCAUGUCUUGCAUCCGAGGAAUGUAGAGAGCCGGCUGUGAACUAUCGUCUGCUUCAGGAUGAGAGUUGCGCGGGCACAGCUAAGAAAUGAAGGUCACUCAUUGGCAACAGAUAUGACUAUGGAGUCCCGGAUCUACCACGAUCCCCGAUCACAAACUGUUCUAAGAUGCAAAUGCAAACCGCAACUUCGGAAAACCUGCCGUUUCAAUAAUUCUCUCCUAAUGCCUUCUAAUGAUCUAACACUAGUCAUCCUAAAGCUGCCCGCCGCACUUGGGUAUAGAAAAUUUUGCAAGGUGCUGGUAGCUGGGAUGAAACAUGUUGACGAUAUAGCAACUCUCUUGCGUUUGUUGGUGCUAUGCCCACAGUCACUACAAAGUUCGUAUUCUAUUAACGUAUCAACAAGAAAGUUGCGGGGCGAGAAUGGCACAACAGACAAUCAUGUUUUCAACGUCCACAUUAUGUAUACCCUUUCGCUUCUCCAUACGCGCAAUUUUCCCGCAUGCGCAUGUCCCAUGCCGGUGACUAUCGGAUCUGUCGCAACCUUAUCUCAAGAGGGAUCUAUCUCUAGGGUGUUCGAGGCGCAUACAGUUGUCAGGUAUCGCUUUGAAAUUUCCAUCAGUCACUCAGGCUAUACAAUGGCGCCACACGCAGUCCACAGUUCCUGGCGCAUUGCUUGCUAUGGGUAGCGUAGUGCACUUCACACUUGAGGACCUCAGUUGUACUCUUGAGGUCUCGAAAUAUUUUCUAGCUCUCCCUGAUCGAUAUCAAGUCUUGUUUGCAUAUUACACAGUUUACUGACAUCAUGAACAGCAAUGCACACGGACCCGGAUUACGAACAACCAC